AUGAGCAAGAAAAAAAGUCAAUUGAUGAAUAGCUUUGUUUCAGAGCACGUGAGUGCUUCUACAAAUUCCAUGUCAGAUCUUCAAGCAGAUCAUGAUCUUUGGUAUAAAAUUCGUGUUCUCCUCCACGACCUGCACAACAUCGCCAACGAUCAUGCAGCCCAAGCACGAACUCAGAAUCCAACUGAUGAAUUCUAUAUCAGUGGACCUUAUUUUACGUUGGAGGAAGCUGCUCGGAUCAAAGGUACGAUAGUGCCUUCACCAAUCUUGGCUGAAAUACCAGAGCUUGAAGAGCUCGAGUUUGAGGGAGACUCGGAGCAUCAUAUAAGCCCACACUCCAGCCCUAGAAGUUGA